AUGACAUCCCUCCCCUCCCUCCCCGCAAUCCUGACCCCCGCGCUAAGCAGCCGCGACGCCAUCGCCGACGCAAUCUAUCGUUGUGUCCUCGGGCUGGACACCAACGACUCGGCCCUCUUCGAUUCUGCCUUCACCUCCACCGCUACAUUAUCCAUCAACGACAAGAUCUCCUCGGGCCUUCCCGCCAUCCACACCGACUGCUUUGACGUGAUUAGCAAGUUGGACACCACACACUAUGUCACCAACAUCCGUAUCAAUAUCGCCGACAGUGGAGUCAAGGCCGUUGCGACUGCCUCAGUGAUCGCGCAACACUACGGCAGUGGGAAGGGGCUUCAGCCUAACCAGCCGCGUCUGCUGGCUGGGGCGUUGUACUAUGUCGAUUUGGUGAAGGAUGAUAGUAGUGAACUGUGGAAGAUUGAGACCUUUAAGAUGACGAGGUCUUGGGCGGAGGGUGAUUGGGGUGUGAUGAGCGCAAAUUGA